UAUUUUCAAUUAUUUUCCGAGACAGUCCUCACAAGUUGUGCCGUCUAAUUUUUACGAGAAGACAUCAGAGUUUGCUCUUAUCAGUUUGUAUGUAAGAAAUAUUCACACCAGGCAUUGCCGGUUAAAACUACUGAAUGGAGACGAUAUUCGAUUGCUUUUUCGAGGAGACGUUUCUACGGCUAGAGCGUAGCGGACUGAAAACAAAACAAAAACGAAAAGAUGUGAUUGAUCACUUAAAUGCAAUCAUAUCGGGAUGUUGUGGUGGACAAAACCUCCGACCGGAAGAAUCAAGUCGAUUAGCUGUUUUAUCGGCCAUAAAAUAUCAUCGUGAUAAUAAAAGUGGAAACAGUGAUGUUUGCUUGAUGGGAAAAUAUCACAACGUAUUGUAUAUCGGAAUAAAGGUGGCGUGGGAUUGGGGUGUGGUAGAUUCGCAGGCAGUUAAACAGCUCUUAGAAGAAAUUUAUUCCUGCGAACAUACAUUCGAACGAAUAUUUCUUGGUGCUUUAUUUGGAAGUAAUGCCCCACAUUUCAUAGCUGGAUGGAAGAGUGACUUUAAGGAUCAGGAUGAAAAUACGAGAGCCAUGGUUUACUUUCUACAGCAUGCCACUAAUGUGGGUUUGUCGUUUCCGGUGUAUUUAAAUAAAUUCGAAGGGACCAAAAUGAUACGAUUUAUCGACAUACCAAUUGAAUCAUGUGGAACAUCAUCACCGUUACGGGUAGCAUUGCAAGCGUCACAACCAGACAUUUUGUUGAUAUUGCUGAGAUACGGUGCCGAACCCAGCCCAACCGAUGGUGGCAUACCACCUGUAUUGGCAUUGCUGGAUAAACUAGUGGAAUCACCGAAGCGUCGCUACCUUUAUCAACUUGUGUCGUGUCUUAAAAUACUAUUGCGUACGAUAUCUAUCAUCGAAAUGCCAUUUAAACCGUAUUUAUUUGAAUAUCGCAAAUCCAUGUUCAUAGAAAAGUAUGAAGUACUCUUUGAGGAUGGUCUAAUCAGCCGGGAGCAAGUGUUUGGAGUGGUGAAAUUGAAACAUUUGUGCAGGUGCACUAUUCGAGACAUAUUACGCAAUAACAGUCAGCUACCGAAUGGAAUCAACAAAUUGAAAUUGCCGAAGACCCUGAAAAGGUACAUCGAUAUGAUGGAAGAUGUCAAGUGAAUUAUAUAUCCAGAAUUCGUUCAUAAAUUGAGCAACAAAAUAAAAAUAUUUUCUUCAACUAUUUCACAGUCAAGAUUUGAAUUCAUUUUAUUCGUUUCGUAAUUCUCUACAAAUCCAGCACUUCUGUACAAUGGAUUCAAUGAAGUGCUUUCAUUUACUAUAAG